GUUCUUUCUUUCUUUGCCAGUGUCACCUGAACAUCCCUUGUCAAAAGUACGAAGGACAAAGUUACUAAUUUCUUGUUAUCUUCGAAUUUUUUGAACGAUGAUGAAACGAUUCUUAACACCGUCUACUCUUUUCCUGAUCAUCGUUACGACGAAUACGAUCUUUGGAAGUCCUUUAUCAUUAAUUAGAUUAUUAACAAAUAAUCAUGCUUAUGGCCAUGGAGUUAACAAAGGUUCUAAUCAUUUGGACAAUGAAAAGAAUUAUGAGAAUUCAAUAUCCAUAGAUGAUUCUGCUCCAACGGCUGAUAUUAAUUUACAGGAUUACCAACAUGAUUGGACGAAAAUUACGAAGAACCCUGCGAGUUCUUUAACUGCCACAAUCGGAAAUCGAAUCGAGUUACAAUGUGAAGCUAAUGGCAGUCCACCGCCACAAAUUCUUUGGUUGAAAGGAAACGAUCCGGAAAAGCAGUUAGCCGAGUUUCUGGGCAAAAGUAUGGCGGAUAUGGAGAUUUCUUCCGACGGAUGGGAAGGACUCGGUCAGAUUGUUUCGAAACUCGUCAUAGAAUGUGUUACACCGAACGAUCAAGGUUUAAUUUAUUGCGCAUCCGUAGCUGGCAAGAAAGUGCAGUUGUCCAGUCCGACCUUACUCUUGAUCAAUGGAGAGAAUGGAAACAGCAGUUGUAACGGCGAAAAUAAACCCACGAUAAGUCUGUACUCACCGAUGAGAUUUGCUCUGAUUGGAUCUACGGUCGUUUUGCCAUGUAGAGCUACAGGCAAGCUGAGACCUUAUACGUAUUGGUUGGACAAUAACGCGGCAGUUAUACAUUCGUCCUCGAAUCCACGACAUAAGAUCUUAAGAAAUGGUGAUUUAGUCAUAGAUCCACUCGAAUGGACAGACAUGGGAAGUUUGACUUGUUAUGCCAAAUCGGAUUACAAGGAAGACAGUGUGACUACAUUCCUUUAUCCAAUGGUAAACGAAAAGAAGCAUUUCUAAAAGUGAAAAGAAAAUUAAGAAGAAGAAGGAAAAAAGAACAAAUAAAAAACAAAUUAUAAAAAAGAAGAAAAAACCCGACGAAGGCCUAUUGUCGAUGUUCUCAAAUUCGUAUGAUUAUACUAAUUCAAGAUUUAAAAGAGUACAGUGAAAGUAUCAUUUCGACAGUAUGCAAAUAUGGUUGAUUCAUUUCGAGCGUCAGUUUAAUAUGUUUGUCCUUUCGAUCGCCGUUCGCUCUGAGAAAUUUUUCUAACGAAGUACACCUUCGAGCGCACUCAUGCAAUGAUUGCUAUAAAUCAAACUGGACACGACCAGUUGAUCUCUUCCAACGAAAUUAUCAUAGCUUUCUUCUCUUCUCGUUUAUUCGUCUUAUGAUAAUACAUAUGUACAGACAUACACACAUGCGCACGCACAUACACACACAUA